GAUGACCUGGAAACAUAAAAUUAUAAAAAUUCAUAAUUAUUAAAUAGUUCUAUUAACUUCGACAAUAACCAGCCACUGAAGUAAUGAACUUUUUCAAAACCGGACUUCAGAGUGUUCUUGGAACAAAUGAAUCAAAUGAAUCCACUUCAAGUGCAGAAACAAUUGAAAGAUUAGUAGACAGAGUGCAAUCAUCAACCCUUCUAGAAGAUCGUCGUGAUGCAUGUCGAGCACUUAAAGCUUUGUCAAAGAAAUACCGACUUGAAGUUGGAGCACAAGCAAUGAUGUGUCUUGCACAAGUGCUCGAGUCUGAUAGAAGUGAUUGUGAAAUUGUUGGCUAUUGUCUUGACACACUGUGCAAUAUUACAUCACCAGAACAAUUUGAAGAAGAAGCUGACAAUGAACUAGUGUCAGCCAACAUAGGAGAACAAUUUACUGAAAUGUUUAUCAAGAACACAGAGAACAUCGGUCUAGUGUUGAGUCAUCUAGAAGAAUACGAUUUCCGUGUUCGAUGGUCAUCCAUCAAACUCCUAACAUGUUUAUUAGCAAAUCGUGCUAAAGAAAUACAAGAAGUUGUUCUCGUCAGUCCCAUGGGAGUCUCAAGAUUAAUGGAUUUACUUGUCGAUAGUCGCGAAAUCAUUCGAAACGAUGCACUUUUACUUCUCAUUCAAUUGACGAAAGGAAAUGCAAAUAUUCAGAAAAUUGUUGCCUUUGAGAAUGCUUUUGAUAAACUUUUCGAUGUCAUUAAUGAGGAAGGAUGCAGUGAUGGUGGAAUUGUAGUUGAAGAUUGUUUGAUUCUCAUGUUAAAUUUAAUGAAAAACAACACAAGCAACCAGCAGUUCUUCAAAGAAGGUUCAUACAUUCAAAGAAUCGCUCCAAUGUUUGUUCUGGGACCAGAAGUUGAAGAGACUGGAAUGACACCGCAGAAAGUGUCAAAUCUUCAUUGUAUGCUUCAAAUCAUUCGUGUGCUUGUUUCACCAAAUAACUCACAACAAACGAGUGCGCCAUGUAAGAAAAUUAUGCGCGGAUGUGGAUUACUUGAAACGUUGUGUAAGAUGCUAAUGAGUUCUGGAAUUCCUCCUGACAUUCUCACUGAAACUAUCAACACAUGUGCUGAAAUAAUUCGCGGCGAUGCAAAUAAUCAAGCUUAUUUUAAUGAUGUCAUGGCACCGAGUAAUCCACCGCGACCAGCGUUAGUUGUGUUACUGAUGUCAAUGGUGAAUGAGAAGCAGCCACUCGCUCUUCGAUGUGCCGUACUUUAUUGCUUUGAAAGCUAUCUUUAUAAGAAUGAAAGUGGUCAGAAUCAUUUGAUUAGCACACUUCUUCCUAGUACACGAGAUGCACCAGCGACGUUGACAUCAGGUCAACUUUUGUGUGGCGGGCUUUUUAGUACUGACGUGCUUUCCAACUGGUUUUCAGCUGUCGCUUUACUUUAUGCUUUAAUUGAUAAUAAUGGACAGAAGGAACAACUUUUGAGAAGUCUUUUAGCAACGUCAAGUGGAAGUACGCCAAUUUCUCUUCUCCAUCAAUGCUUCAAUCUUCUUCAACAAGGACAAUACAAACAUCAAAGUAAAAUUGGAAUUCUCAUGUUCCUCAGUAUGUGGUUGGCGAAUUGUGAAACAAGUGUCAAAUCAUUUCUCGCUAUUAAUGGCGCAAUUAGUUUUCUUAUCGCUCAGAUAACUGCCAAUGAACAUGAUGAAAACGAAUAUUUGAUUCAAGGUCUUUGCGCGUUUCUUAUGGGAAUUUGUAUUCAAUUUAAUGACAAUUCAGUGGAUGGAAAUCGAAAAGAUGAUUUAUGUCAACUUCUUAUUAAAAGAAUUGGAUUGGAGACAUUUUCUGGGAAGUUAAGUGAAGUUAGCAAGCACGAAAGUUACAGCAAAGCUGGAAAGCAGCCACAAAUUCGAGUGAAACAAGCUUCGGAUCUUCUACUUGAUUAUGAAUUUUGUAGAUUGUUCAAGACGUUAGAAGCAUCAAUACUGAAAGUCAUAACAAACUUUUCCAAUGGAAAUGAAUCAAUAAAUGAGUUGACGUUGAGUCAAGAAGCGUCAAGUUUAGUUGCACAAUAUAAAAAUAUUAUUCGUGAGCAAGAUGGAAAACUUCAAAGUUUAAAUGAAAAGCUUCGAGAGUUUGAGCAGAAAAAUGAAAUUUUGACGUCGAAAUUAUCCGAAACAAUGACAUCAAUGAGUCACAUCAACGAUCAAAAUAUUUUAUUGAAAGCACAAUUGUCUGCGGCAGGUGCUGUUGGAGGGGGAGCAGUUAACACACAAAUAACGCCAUCAGAUGAAAAUCGCUUUCAAGUUGAUCAGCUACAAAACCAAAUUCAAAUGUUGAUGAAUGAAAAUUCACAUCAAAAGACGAAAAUUAAUUUUUAUGAGUCGGAAAAUUCGAGACUUUUGAAUGAAAUUGAAGAGAUGAAAGCAGUUGACAAUAACGUUAACAUAAUUAAAUCAGAAAACUCUGAACUUUCUUCCAAAAUUCAAUCAAUGACAAAAGACCAAGAAGACCUUUUGGAACUGUUGGCUGAUCAAGAGUUGAAACUCAAACAAUACAGGAGAAAAUUGCGGGAACUCGGUCAACAAGUUGAAGCAUCAGAUGAUGAUGAAAAUUAAUUAAUUUCUUUUCCACUUCUUAGUUUAUAAAUCCAUUUUAUGCUUAAGUAAAAGUUAAAUUGUAAUGUAAUAAAUUUCAAUACCAAGAAGUUUUAUUAAUCGAGAA